UCUUCCCGGUCACGUGUCCCCUUGCUCCGCGGCAGGAAGCGGUGGUCGCAGUGAGGGGGGGGGGGCGGCCGGGCUCGUGCUUCGCUGCAGCCGCUGCCCGCCCGCCCGCCAUGCAUCCGCGGCGCCCCGACGGCUUCGACGGCCUGGGCUACCGCCGGGAGGAGCCGAGCCCCGGCGCCCGGCCCUUUGGCAGCGCCUCGGAGCUGGGCCACUGGGUGACCAGCCCGCCCGACAUCCCCGGCAGCCGCAACCUGCACUGGGGGGAGAAGACUCCGCCGUACGGGGCAGGGACCCCCCUGGGGGCCGCCAGUCUCAACGAUGAGCCCGGCCUCGGAGCGGGCGGCCCCGGCGCCGAGCAGUUGAACAGAUUUGCAGGCUUUGGUAUUGGCCUUGCAAGCCUAUUUACAGAAAAUGUGUUGGCACAUCCUUGCAUUGUUCUGCGUCGUCAGUGUCAGGUUAACUAUCAUGCUCGGAAUUAUCAUCUCACUCCAUUUACUAUUGUCAAUAUUAUGUACAGCAUCAAUAAGGCACAGGGUCCAAGAGCUCUCUGGAAAGGAAUGGGCAGCACUUUUGUUGUUCAGGGCAUAACCCUGGGAACAGAAGGCAUUAUCAGUGAAUUUACACCUUUGCCAAGGGAGCUUUCCCAUAAAUGGAACCUCAAGCAGAUAGGUGGACACCUUCUACUCAAAGGUUUAACGCAUGUGAUAGCAAUGCCUUUUUAUUCUGCAAGCCUGAUUGAAACUGUACAGAGUGAAAUAAUUCGAGAUAAUCCCGGCAUCCUGGACUGCGUGAAAGAAGGAAUCGGCAGAGUUGUAGGCAUGGGAGUACCCCAUAGCAAGCGUCUCCUUCCUCUGAUGGUCUUGACUUUUCCAACUGCUCUACAUGGAGUUCUUCACUACGUCAUCAGUUCCAUUGUCCAGAAGCUUGUUUUAUUUGUUCUGAAAAAGGAUAAUUCCCACAGCCUUCCAACUGAAAGCUCCACUUCUGUGCAGAGCAUGCUGGAUGCAUAUUUUCCAGAACUUAUUGCUAGCUUUGCUGCUAGUCUUUGUGCUGACAUCAUGCUUUACCCACUGGAAACAGUUUUACACCGCCUUCAUAUUCAAGGGACACGCACAAUAAUUGACAACACAGACCUUGGCUAUGAAGUGCUUCCGAUCAAUACUCAGUAUGAGGGAAUGAGAGACUGCAUAAAUGCUAUAAAACGAGAAGAAGGAAUGCUAGGUUUUUAUAAAGGAUUUGGAGCUGUCAUAGUACAGUAUACUUUGCAUGUGGCAGUUUUACAGUUUACCAAAAUUAUUUACUCGACACUGCUUCAAAAUGUUUCUUAAUCUGUUCAGGUGUGGAUUUAGUACAUUGGACAUGAUUGACUUACCUACUUAUUGUUUAAAAUGGCUAAGAUAAUGAGUUUUAAAGAAUCCACUAUGGAUUCUCCUUACACUGUAAAAGAACUUGUUUUAAAAAUGGGGAUAUAGAUUCCGAAGUGUAAUUAAAGUACUAUUUAAAUGUAAAAUCGUAGGUACAAAUGGUAUAUAUAAUGUGCAGUCACGCAGAAGGGAAUCAGAUUUCAAAUGUUGUUGGAGCAAGGAUUUACUUUUCCUCUUACCAGUUAACUGGCUUAAGGAAUGGAUAUGAAUUCUCAGUAUCUGCUUUAUAAACAUCACAUCUCACGUUUAAUUUGGACUGCUAGCCAGUGCAAAGGAAUUUAUUUUCUAAAUUUGUAGGAACUUGCAAGUAGGAGACUGAUGGGUUUACUGGUCUUUUAAAAAUGUUUUCAACUUCACUGUUAAUGGAGCUGUGAGCAAAGUAGAAACUGUAAGUGUAGCUUAAGUAGACAUAAAUGUCACAAUUUACAGGCACAUAGAAGACUUCUUUGCUGCAGUAUGGCAGAAGAUGACAGAGAGGGGAGUUCUUUGCUUUGUAUAAAAUAACAAAAACUUGGGUCUGGACAAAGUUGCACAGAAUGCAGAUUUGGCUGUCUUGCAGUUUGUUUGCAAGGCUUAGAGUAACAAAAGUGUGUGAAUGAAGUGAAUUAGAAACUGAUGUAUGCACAUGUAAGUGCCAUUUUUAGUCAACUUUCCACUCAAAACUUCAGGGUUCAGUUUUACUCUGCUACUUUGAUAAGAGUAGAAUAACACAAAUGUAUGUAGUAUCAGUGUUCAAAAUGUAUGUAAAGUGUAAGAAGUUAAUUGACUAUUUCUAGAGCUUCUCUUUUGUGAGAUCAGAUAAUCUAACACAUCUGUCUACUUAAUAUUUAGCACUGAUGUCCUUCAUUUAAAGUCUCUGGAUGAAAUGUUUUGUGGAACAGAAUUAAAUCUGCUUAUGUGCAAGCAAACUACUGAAAUCUACCAUUUUUUCCCCUCUUCCCCUAGUAAAUCAAGACUUUCAGUCUGAAAAUGAGUUCUGGUCAAUCUAAAUUAGUCCUUCUUAGUUUCAUCAGUAAAUAUGAAAGUGGGAGGCAAUUAUGUUUAGCAAAUAAAACAAGCAUGUGUAGAGUCACUUUUAAAUUAUACGAGGGGUUGCUGCCUUUUCCACACUUCUAUGUGGCAAGUCUUAUGUUUGUGAAUACUGUAAAUUGAUGUGCAUUUUAACCAUUAAUCAUUGUAUAGUAAUUGCCACUUACAGAAAAUAGUCAUGGCAAAAUAAUGAAAACGUGUUGCUGUUCAUAAGUUCUGACUUUAAAUCCUUUGCAGGUCUGCUUUGCUAUUAUUAAUCUAACUUUCAUGUAUUUUAAAUGUGUAAGUAUAGAAAUGGAAAGUAUAGUGAACUUGGGAACUAGUUUUAUUUUGAAAUAAUGUUAAUUGCAAGUUUAGUGUAUAGAGUGGAAGAAAUGAAAUAAAAUGAGAAUUUGCUGUAAAUAUUUUGAAGUAAUUCACUGAAGAGGCAUGUAAAGGAAUCCAAAUUUAUGUGUUAGACUUUAUUGUGUAGACUUCACAGUGGCUUUUUCAAGUUCCUCAACUUUCCUAAGUUCAAGAACGUGUUGAAUUAAACUACAUGCAAGAAGAAAA